AUGGUAAUUGGAACUUAUGGGCCUCCCUCUGGAACCUUAAAGGAUGGGGAAUGCCUGAAUUAUGCUAAUUCCUCCAGCACAACAAGAUACUCAUUCGAUUUAAGAAGAAUGGUUCAUCGCACCGGGCUAAUUGAUCUGGGAUAUAUAGGGAUCAAAUACACUUGGUUUAAGAAAAGUGUUGAUCCCUCGGUGGGAUCAUCUCUCAAGAGAGCACGUCUCGAUCGAGCACUGGCCUCAACUGACUGGACAAUUGCGUGGUCGAAUGCAGUUUUGUCUCAUCUCACAACUUCCUUAUCUGAUCAUAAUCCUAUUCUACUGGAUACCAUAGGUGGGAAAUAUUGCACUAAGCCUCAAUUCAAAUACGAAAUGAUGUGGGAAAGAGACCCACGUGUUUUCUGGGUGGUAAAGAGAGCAUGGAAAGAGAUAACUCAUGGGCACUCGAUGAUUAAUGAGGCCCGUCUAACACUCAGUUCAAUUGAAGAGGCGCAAAACUUUGACGAGAAGGCUCACACCGAAGCUAGAGCCAAUCUAGCGGAGGGGUUAAGAAGAGAAGAAAUCUUUUGGCGUCAAAAUUCGAGAGUUGCCUGGUUAAAAGAUGGAGACCGUUCAACGAAAUUCUUCAUGACCAACACCGUAACAAGGAGAAGAUGCAACUACAUUCAGUCAUUGAAGAAUGAACAGGGGACGACGAUUGAAGAAAUGCACGACAUAGCCCAGCUAUUCAUUGAGAAAUUCACUAGCACCUUCAACAAGAAUGGCUCACGAACUAAAUUUAGUGCUGAGGAGUGGACUCACAUGCAGGCAGAUAAUAUGUUAAAAGAAGAUCUAAUGGAAGCACCUACAGAGGAGCACUUCUUUGAAUCAGCAGAUUUGCCUCACUACAUCAACGAUACAAAUAUAGUUUUGGUUCCAAAGAAGGAAUGUCCAUCAAUGGUAAAUGAUUUUCGCCCCAUAGCUUUGUGCAAUGUUGUGUACAAAAGUAUCUCAAAAAUUAUUGCCACCCAGUUACGAGAUACCUACCCUCCAUAA